AUGCGCGCACCCCGCCGCGUCCCCUGGGCAUCCAAUGCCGAGCUCGCCGAGCUCUACGACCUCAUCUUCCUCCCGGGUGCCUCUACGCAGUCGCGCGAGGCGGCCAUGUCGAGGAUGAGCGUCUACAUUGCCUCACCUUCAUGCCCCGCCUUUCUGCACCUGUUGCAUGCCCUAGUUGGCGCGUUGCUUCUCCCCUACCCGCCUACCUCGGCACAGGAAGCCAACGUCGCGCGCAUGACCUACGCCAUGGCUGUCGUCCGCUUCGUCAACGGCAUGGUCGACCCCCUCCAGACGGGCCUGCACGCCCGCCCCAUCUCCCACCUGGCCGCCACCCUCGGCCUUCCCGCCUCGCUCGUGACCCUCCGUCACCGCGCGACGCACGAGGACCUGCCGCCGCUCUCGCUCCUCCGCCGCGCCCUCGAGCAAGCCACAGACUAUGUCCACCGCAACUCGUUCCUGCCGCUGCUGGCGUCCAGCUCGGCCGGCGUGGGGUGGGACAAGCGCGCGCGUGCCGAGGCGCUCGUGACCCGCUGGAAGAAGACGUGCAAGGCCCGCGUGCGUGCGCGCGACGUCACGGCCGAAUCGGCCAGUGGCCACGCGGUCAGCCGCCUCAAGCGCGAGGUUGAGAACGAGGACCCCGCGGAGAUCAUCGAGGCCGUGGUCCGCGUUGGACUCGUGCCCGUCGGACGCAAGAAGCGUCCAAGCAAAAGGGACACGGCUCCGUCGCAGGAAGCCCUGCUGGUAUGGGGCCCGCUCCUCAUGCACCUCGCUGCAACCCACCCCACGGCCUCGAUCGCGUCGGUCCUCUCCCAAACGGUCGUCGGCGUCAUCGUCGACACUGCGCCCCGCUUCCAGCCGCCCGCGCAUGGGAUGGACGCCGACGCGGCCGAGGACGCGCGCAAGGAGCUCGCGAGCUACCGCUGGGCGCUGGGCGUGUGGCUCCGCUGGCUGUGGGAGGCCGACGCCGCCGGCGAGUUGAGUGUGCCUGCCGACGAGCGCGUCGGCGUGCUCCGCCGUCUGGCGCGCGAGCUGGUGCACGAGGAUGAUGUCUUGCGCAGGAUUUACGGUAUCCUCGCUGCCACGUCUGACGAGGGACCCGCCUUGGCCGAGAUGGACGAGCUCCUCGAGCGCAGCAACGACACCGCAGGCGCCGACGACAGCGACGAGGAGAUGGAGCUCGAGGGCCUCGAGGUCGAGAUUGGCACGGGCACGUCUGCGCUCGAGGAAGAGGUGGACGUCGACGCCAAAGUGGCCAGCAUGGAGGCCAACCUCCGCUCCCUGGACAAAAUGCUUGCCCAGAGGCCCACAGGCGCGGCCGCGCGGGCGGGCGAGGGCCAGGACGACGACGGCCAUGUGGUCAAGGGGUGGGCGAAGGUGGACGAGUGGCCUUGUUAG